CAGUCGGUGUGAGUGUCUGCGGAAAGUGAGACAGACACUGUGCGUUAGUAGCAGCGUAGACAGCUACGGGGACCUCUUCUCCCAGGUGACCCCUGACCGCAUGAAGGGGUCCAGCCCACGGACCUAGCCGGGGCUCCGAAGGCUCAGAAGACAGGCUGGCCACCGUCUGGGUCUGCGGCAGGCAGGCCUGGGAGGCACCAACUAGAGAGCUGGCUCGGCAGGCCCAGGCCGCUGGAGACAGGCAGUCACAGAGCUCUCUGCAGCCCGGAGUGCCCAGGCCUCAGGCCCUACAGACUGAGGCCGGAGAGGCCUGGCCGGCCCCUCCAGGCUCAGAGCUGCCCUCCCCUCCAAGAAUGCCGCCCCCCUCCCGCCCCAGGCCCGUGGAAGGGCCCGUCAAGCACUGGGGCCGGCACCGCCUGCUCCUCCACGGCUGCUGGCCUCAGCGUGGACCACAGGACCUCUUCCGUGCCCUGCUCAGUGCCUGGGGACCGGCGGCCGGCGGCCACCCCCGCUGGACAGGGCCCAGCCGCGCGCUUCCCGAGCGGCCUCCAGGGGGCGUCGCCGCGCAGCCGGUGGGGGCUCCGCCGGCCCGCCCCCCGCCGCACGUGCGGCGCUGCUUUCCGCCGCCUCAUUUCUCCCCAGCCUGAGGUCGAAGCCUAGACCCUGAGCAGGCGCAGCGUCCGCUUGUCCACGCGGCUGCUCAUCGGCUUGCGCGGGGCACGGUCGGCGCGCCCCGCUCCGGCCGCGGCAGGUGCAGGGUUAAGGCGGGGGGAGGCUUCCGCAGUCGGUGGGGGACGAGGGGCGGACCCCGGCCGGCCCCGCCCCACGCCGGAGCAGAGCCCGAGCCCCGCGGAGCCUCGCCGAGGCCGGCCGCAGCCCCAGCCGGACCGGAGCCGGCACCGAAGGAGCCGUAUCGGCGGACCCCGCGCCCCGGCCGGUGAAGGCCUCCCUGGAGCUCUGGUGGAGUUCAGAUGAGGCCCCACCGUGUCCCUCAGUGAGGCCUGCAGCCAGAGCGGACAGCAUGGCCUGCCACCGGAGGUGAACAUCAUGGCCGCAGGAGGCGGCCGGGCCUUCGCCUGGCAGGUGCUUCCCCCCAUGCCCACCUGCCGGGUCUAUGGCACAGUGGCAUGCCAGGACGGGCACCUGCUAGUGCUGGGGGGUUGCGGCCGGGCUGGGCUGCCCUUGGACACCGCUGAGACACUGGACAUGAGCUCCCACACAUGGCUGGCACUGGCGCCCCUGCCCACUGCCCGGGCUGGUGCAGCUGCUGUGGCACUGGGCAAGCAGGUGCUCGUGGUGGGCGGUGUGGAUGAAGGCCAGAGUCCUGUGGCUGCUGUGGAGGCCUUCCUGGCUGAUGAGGGCCGCUGGGAGCGUCGGGCUUCCCUCCCUCAGGCAGCCAUGGGGGUUGCGACUGUGGAGAGAGAUGGUAUGGUGUAUGCUCUGGGGGGAAUGGGCCCCGACACGGCCCCCCAGGCCCAGGUUCGGAUGUAUGAACUCCGCCAGGACUGCUGGCUUUCGUUACCCUCUAUGCCCACACCCUGCUACGGGGCCUCCACCUUCCUGCAUGGGAACAAGAUCUACGUCCUGGGGGGCCGCCAGGGCAAGCUUCCGGUGACUGCUUUCGAGGCUUUUGAUCUGGAGGCCCGCACCUGGACACGGCACCCGAGCCUGCCCAGCCGCCGGGCCUUUGCUGGCUGCACCAUGGCCGAAGGCAGUGUCUUUAGCCUGGGUGGCCUGCAGCAGCCUGGGCCCCACAAUUUCUACUCCCGGCCACACUUUGUCAACACUGUGGAGGUGUUCGACCUGGAGCACGGGUCCUGGACCAAGCUGCCCCGCAGCCUGCGCAUGAGAGAGAAGAGGGCCGACUUCGUGGUUGGCUCCCUCGGGGGCCACGUCGUGGCCAUUGGGGGCCUUGGAAACCAGCCAUGCCCCCUGGGCUCCGUGGAGGGCUUCAGCCUUGCACGGCAGCGCUGGGAGGCACUGCCUGCCAUGCCCACGGCUCGCUGCUCCUGUUCUAGUCUGCAGGCAGGGCCCCGGCUGUUUGUUAUCGGGGGUGUGGCCCAGGGUCCCAGCCAAGCUGUGGAGGCACUCUGUCUGCGUGAUGGGGUCUGAAUGCAUGAUGGCACCUGUUCACUGAAGCAGCUCAGUGCCGGCACAGACGUCUGUGGCUCCUUUGGCUGCAAGGAAGCUCACUGUGUCUCUGUGGGAUGAAGGGGACACAGGGGUGGGUACUCAAGACGCUGCCUCGGGGACUUGGGGCCCUCAUCUUUAGUGCGGGACACAUAUACACUCCAUCCCCAUUCAUUCAUGGGGCGCUCCUGGCUCCAUCUCUGCUCAGCUCUGGAACCUACUGGGCCCAGUGUGGCACCGGGAAGUGGAGGGAAGGGGGGGCCAGCCUCAUGCCCCACAGAGCCAGGCCGACCUGGAAUUGACCAGGCUGUCCUGAAAAGUCGUAGCUGCCAGCCUGCGUUGGGGCUCCUGUGGACAACAUGGAGGGAAGGAGGAGCGGCCAUGGGAGCCUCCAGAGGGCCAGAGGCAUGGCGCCUUCACGCUCCUCACACUCUGCCCUGUGGCCUCAGGCACGUUGCUUCACCUCUGUGUGCCUGAGCAGCCUCAUGUGCCAAGGGGGAUCUCUAAAGCCUUCCUGCCUUCCUUACAGGGCUGUUGUGAGGACCAGGGGGCCACCUGUGCAAGUAAAAGUGCUGCUGAAACCUGG